AGGCGGCCGCUGACAGCAGCACGGCUCCGGCGAAAUGUAGCCUCAUGGCGAAGCUCUGUCUGCAUCCGGGCUGAAUCCUCCUCAGUCCGCUCGGGGGAACACCCUGCCCGGGUCUUCGAUUGUGGGGCAAGGAUCAAGCAAACACCGGGCAAUAACCCCGAUUUCAAAAUAAACGCAAUGUUUGGAGUACGGGACAAUCUGGUGCGUAGGCGAGCAAUGGGACGCGGAAAGUGAGAUCUUAUUUUGAAAAGCCCUCAGCGGAAGUUGUGUGCGCAUUGCGUAACGUUGUUAUUACAGCGAUUGAAGUUGCUAAUGAUAUUACAGCACAAGCUAAUGUAAUACGUUGUUAAAAUUGUAUAACAUGUUUGGAAUUGGUCUUUGAAUUUGGAUAAAGUUAUCGUUUUUGCUUAAGUUAUAGUUUGUGGAAUUCGGAAGGGUACACAUUAUCGUUAUUACACCAAACUUGGGCACUUUUAAUAGAAAUGUACUCAGUGUAAAGACAAAACUAACAAACUAAGGCCAUAUAUACAUCAAGCUUGGGCACUUUUUAAUAGAAAUGUAUCCAGUAUUGUGCUAAAACGAAUGCCAUAUGUGCAUAUGCUCAUUAGUUAGCGGAACAUAAGUACAGUAUUAGAAAGACACUGGUAAAACAUUGCCACCUACUGAUCCUUUAAAGUACUCCUCGAAUAGCUUUCACGUUCUAUCUUUCCUUUCCAACCUCGGUGUUGUGCUAACCCUUGUGUUAUUUUUGUAAAGUAUUCAUUUGUGAACCCUCUUUUCAAAAAUACCUUUGGAAUGUGAAAUAAAAAUCGUCAUUUCAUUACGUCGAUAGACAGUGAUCCUUUGCCCACAAAGAAGAGAGGACCAUGGACAUUGAUAUACGCCACAUCGAGGGCUGAGCCGUACGUUAGUCACCAAAAAAACAGCCGCAAUCACAUUGGUUUUGGUGCCUGAUUCCCAAGAGUAUUAGUGCCUGUGUGAAUGUAUAAACGAGAGGAAAAUACAUUUUUGUAGAAAGGCGCUUUAUGAAAGUACAUUUACUUUAUUCAUUUACAGCGCAGCCUUGACCCAUCCAAUAUGGCGGUGACGUUGACGUAUUGCAGCAGUGGACAAACCCACUCGAUGCGGCGUCUACGGCCAUGGAGAGGACUUCAGGCAAUGACAACACCACAGAAGAAGAGGAAACGAUUGACAGUCUAAUCCUCCAAUCAACUGACAGGACGCCGUUGUUUCGACCAAUCGUUGCAUUAAGAGCACAGACCCCCACCCCACCCCGUUAGCAUUAGCCGACCGGUUGCAUUCAGUCGCUGUCAAGAGAAGCCCCGUUAGCUUGUGCGCUCUUGGCUCAUAAAAUUAAAUUGUUACAUUUGUGUAAAAAGUUGAUUUUUCGAGGCGAAAGGCCGCCCGGCGCUUUUCUGUUGCUGUUUGUAUCCCACUCGAGGUAAUACUGCAUUCAUUGCUUUGCGUCCAUUAUGGGCGAAGUGGAGCUGUCCUGUCGGGCUUAUGUGAAGAUGUACCUGCACGCCUGUUUGUUUCCCCGGUGCAGCGUCAACGGGCUGCUGCUGUCCUCUAGCCCGGCGGGGGGCGCUGUUUGCGUAUCUGAGUGUGUGCCACUGCUUCACUCUCACCUGUCUUUGGCUCCCAUAACUCAGCUGGCCCUAACACAGGCAAGAACAUACUAUUUUCCCAUCCAAUUUCUACAUCAUUUGGCACAUAACACACAGCUCUUGUUCCAGGUGGAUGUGUGGUGCUCACAAACCCAGCAGAGGAUUGUGGGAUACUACCAAGCCAAUGCAUGUGCAUCAGACAGUAGCCCAACACAAGGAGCCAUGAAAAUAGCUGAUAAGAUUGCAGAGCAGUUUGAUGGUGCAGUUUUAUUGAUGCUCGAUGGCAGCAAGAUGUCACCAGACUUUCGGGUGCCUCCCAUCGUCAUGUAUGAGCGCAGAGACUCAAGAUGGACGCUCAAAGACAAACACACGAUCAUGCUGAGGCAGUGGGAGGAAACCCGAGCCAUCGCCAGCCAGAUGCUGGAGUCGGGCGACCACGCGCUCCUGGUGGAUUUUGACAGCCACCUGGAUGACAUCACGAGAGACUGGACCAAUCAGAAAGUGAACGCCAAGAUCGCCGAGCUGACCUCGCCGGCUAACGGGAACAUCUAAGACUGUAUACUUGACUUUCUCUAACCUGAAACCACCACCCGAGUGUAGAAAUGUUUUCAUUGUUGCACUAACAGCAAAUAGUAGUAGUGUGCGUAUAGUGCUGCGAGCCGACAACACCCUCAGUUUAAAGACUGACUCACUGCAACGCACACACACUUUUGUUCCUACCAGCUGUACAAAACAGUGACAUUCCACCAGCUCCUUUGAUCCCUCACAUUAAACCACCACUCCCCAGCAUGAAUGCCUUCAUCUGCUUGCCCUUAAGAAGAAACGUUCAAUUUAAUGCAAACUAAUUUUCAUUACUGUGGCAUAAGUCCUUCUUGGUCUAUAAACUUUUAAGCCCACCCUUGUAUCCCGUGAGUUCAUUUUGUUUUUAUAAUAUGUUAAGUGUCAAUAAAGACGAGGUGCAGGCCGAAAAUAUCCCCAGGGCCGCUCUUUGGAC